AUGAAUAAUUCACAUUUAAGCAACUACUAUUUGAACAGUGGACGAACAGAAAGAGUCAAACGAGAUUCUUUCUCAAGCGAGGGUGAUGAUAUUUGGUCACCGUCUCUUUAUACGAGUGAAAGUGAAAAUAGCUACAGUGAUAGUGAUGAAUCUAUUGCACAGGUUCAGUUAUCGUUAGCCAGAUCAAUUAAGAAUAUAUUGUGUACAGGUAACACCAACAAGAAGCCAUCACACUCGUACAUCGCUAUGAUUUCGAUGGCAAUACUGAGUAAACCGAGCAAAAAACUAGUACUGAUUGAUAUAUAUCAAUACAUAAAAGAUAAUUUUCCUUUCUACAAUAACAAGGAAAAAGCAUGGAGGAACAGUGUACGACAUAAUCUUUCUAUCAACGAGUGUUUCGUGAAAAGUGGCCAGUCUGUUAACGGCAAAGGUAACUAUUGGUCUAUUCACUUAGCAUGUAUUGAGGAUUUUGCAAAAGGAGACUUCAGGCUUCGAAAUGCAAGGCGAAGAGCAAGAAAAAGUUCUGUGAAAACUGUGGAUGGCUCAUCUAAUCAAUUAUACACACGACAUCAUAAUGGAUAUGUACCUAUGACAUCAUCGCCAAUUGGAUGCCAUUCAUACUCGAUGAAAGACUCCCUUAUGCAUACAAAACUUCACAACUCACUUCAAAUUACCCAGUCUCCUGUAUCUACAUUCGAAAUGACAAUAACUCAAUUUCCAGCAACCAUGCAGUCAUUCGGAAGCAAUUCACUGUUUCCCGUUUCGCAGUCAUUAUCAGGAGGGCAAACAUUCAUUGCACCGUCCACAUACUAUACAUCGUCAUCGAUCAAACCGAUUUCGAAUUCAGCUUUUUAUUCAUCUUGUCAGUUACAGGAAGGGUUUUCUGCUUGUUGA